CCCGCGCGCCCCGCGCCGGAAGCGCCGCCAUGCGGGGCCGGCUGCUGCGCGCCUGGCGCCGGGCGGGCCGCGCGGGGCCGCCCUGGCGGGUCCUGUUCUUCGGCACCGACCGCUUCGCCGUCACCGCCCUGAGAGCCCUGCAGGCGGCCCGGGAGCCCAGCAAGGACUCGCUGGUGUCCAGGCUGGAGGUGGUGACCCUGCCCUCCCGCCUGCCCGGGGAGCUGCCCGUCAGGAGCUGUGCCCAGGAGCUCCAGCUGCCUGUUCAUGAGUGGCCACACACGGGACCUGUGGGCCAGUUUGACGUGGGUGUGGUGGCAUCGUUUGGACGUCUCCUGAGUGAGGAGCUUAUUCUGCAGUUCCCAUAUGGGGUGCUGAACAUCCAUCCCAGCUGUCUGCCACGGUGGAGAGGUCCUGCACCAAUCAUCUACACAGUGCUUCAUGGGGAUACAGUGACUGGGGUGACAAUUAUGGAAAUAAGACCAAAAAGGUUUGAUGUAGGUCCAAUCAUUAAGCAAGAAGAGUUUGCAGUCCCUCCCCGCUGCACUGCAAAGGAGCUGGAGGUGAUGUUAUCAAAGAUGGGUGCAGACAUGCUGAUGGCAGUUUUGAAAAACUUGCCUGAAAGUUUAAAAAAUAAAAAAGAGCAACCAAAAGAAGGAGUCACUUUCGCUCCUAAAAUAUCUAUAGAAAAGAGUUGUAUAAAAUGGGAAGAGCAAACAGCUGCACAGAUAAUUCAGCUGCAUCGUGCAAUAGGAAGUAUGUUUCCUUUACAGACACUCUGGAAGGAUACUACUGUUAAACUUCUGGAUUUUGUGGAAGUGGAUGAUAUCCCUGGUGUUGCUGAUCAAACGUUAAAUGACUGUGGAGCUGUCCCUGGUUCACUAAUAUACCAUAGAGUGUCCCAGACUCUGAUAGCUCGUUGCAAGGAAGGUUGGGUUGGAAUUAAAACAGUCGUAUUGAAGAAGAAGCUAACAGCAGCUGACUUCUACAAUGGAUAUAUGCACUCUUGGUUCCAGCAGAACUCCAGAGCAGUUCAUCAGGAAUGCAGGUUUCAAACACUCAAACUUAGCACAACAAAAAAGACUCUGAAAGGGAGGGAAAUGUUGGCACAGGAUGUAAAACAAUAGAUGUAUGUAAAAAUGUGGAAGAUGUCUCUAAGUUCACAGUAAUAUAAAAUAUUUCAACGCCUACCUAGAACAUUCAACUUAUUUAAGGACUUUCCUCCCAAAGUGGCUGAUCUUGCAGUCAUUUGCAUGUUUUCAUUGUGGGUUCCCAGUGAUCCUCAUUUCUCUUUCCCCAUCAAGGAAGAGAAUCUCUUUGAACGCUGAGGAUAGUGAAUAAAUUCCUGUUUCCACUCUUGGGUAAUAAAUUUAUUUUUAAUACAAUGUUUUCAGUUUGCCUUUGAGGACCUCUGGUAUAAUUUUCUUCGAGCACAGGUUGUGCAGUUACUGGAAAUGUUAGAAAUCUGUGCUUCUCUAACUCCUGUGGCUUCACAAAAGUGAGAUUCCAAGGACAGAAGCCUGUUGCAUUUCCAUAUAAUUUGUCAACUGUCUUCUCGCCUUUGAUAGGAUGUGUGGCAAGAGUAUCUGUGCAGUGUUUUCUUACAGCUUUGCAAUACUUAUCCAUGGAAUAUUGUCUAGUGGUGGGAUGGGAUUUGUCUGGGAUAUCUGCCCUACCUUAGAGUGUCAUGCUCACUGAGAUUCAGGUUGCCCAGUAUGAUUUCCUUCCAGUUCUUAAUCCCUCUGAAGAAAUUUGCAGUUGACACUGAGGAUGGAGGGAAAUCUUGUCAUGUGGAAUGUUAGAAUCAUUCUUGGUUAAUGGAAAGUUAAAUAAAAUUUAUCUUUUUUCCUUU